AUGCUCGCGGUGUUCGACAGGGCGGUGGCGCCGAGCCCGGAGGGGCUGCGGCAGCCGGGCGAGGCCGGGCAUGGCGCGGACGGGCUCGCGGCCCGGUUCCCGGAGGCCCGCCCCGGCGCGGUCACCGUAGACCUCGGCGGCGGCGCCGCCAUGGCCUACACUUCCCACGGCCAGAGCCCCUUCCUCCCCAGGUUGUUCGGCGUCGUCGACGACAUAUUCUGCCUGUUCCAAGGCGCGGUCGAGAACAUGGCUGUGCUGAAGCAGCAGUACGGGUUGAGCAAGACUGCCACGGAGAUCAACAUCGUCAUCGAGGCCUACAGAACCCUGAGGGACAGGGGGCCUUACCCUGCAGACCAGGUCGUGAGAGACUUAAAUGGGAAAUUCGCGUUUGUGCUGUAUGAUCGCUCCACCAGCUCGGUCUUCAUGGCUGCUGAUGCUGAUGGCGGCGUCCCAUUUUACUGGGGAGUCGAUUCAGUGGGUCAUCUUGUAAUUUCCGACGAUGAUGAAAUUGUGAAGAACGCCUGUGGAAAAUCGUUUGCACCGUUCCCCAAAGGUUUCUUCUUCACGACAUCCGGUGGACUGCAGAGCUACGAGCAUCCUCUGAACGAGGUGAAGCCGGUGCCGAGGGUCGACAGCAAAGGGGAGGUUUGCGGCACAACUUACACGGUCGAUGAACAAGCCAAGAAAGAUACCGCCGGAAUUCCUCGGGUCGGCAGCGCUGCAGAUUGGUCUUCACAGUACUGAAUCUGUAGAUACCGUCCCAAACUUUCAGGCGUAUGGUAUACUCCUAUCUUUGAACCCUGCCGCGGUUAAAUACCCCCUUAGAAAUGUAAGAGCGUUUGGUGAUGUAAACGCUCUUAUAUUUCUUUACGGAGGGAGUACAUACUAAUAAUUGGGCAUUUUGGGAUGCCUAUGCUCAGUGUGGCCUUUGCCUUGUGCAAUUUUUGCCUGCUGGGUGUAUUAUUAUCUUGGUAAUUUGUCUGAGUUAAACUGUUGCACCUGUUGUUUCUUUAAACUAUUUAAGAAAGAUCAGCAUAAGGGAUUGUAAAUAUGUAACACUUGUAUCCAAAUAAAAGGGCAGAGACCUUGCAGAUGUGUAAA